AUACUCUCUCUCUCUCUCUCUCUCUCUUUUGUCUCUUCUCUUGUCCAUUUCCUUCAACAAAAUAUACUGCAAUUAGGAGAAGCGGCAUAUAUAGAUGAUGUCUUAGUGAGGAGCUCCUCCCAAGAAAGAUGGGGAGAAGAAAAGGUGGCGGGGUGGGAGACCUUCUAAUGGUUCUUGGGCUAAUGGGCCUCGUGGGCCUUGUCGCGCUAGCCGGUGCUCAUGGAAGUUAUCCGGCGGUGGGCGGCGCCGCCAAUCUUGGCCUCUCCGGUGGCCCGUACCGCCAACGCGAGCGUGUCAUUCGUCGAUUGGAGACCCUCAAGGCCUCCCUCGCCGCCGGAACGGCCCCUUCGCCGGCUUCACCGAUUACAUCGAGAUCGCGGGUGUACCAUGUGAUAGACUAUGGUGCUGACCCAACUGGGAGCACCGAUUCUGGUGAAGCAAUCGGCAAAGCCAUCUCUGAUGCCUUCCAAGCCCCGUCUGAUCGUGUUUUGAUGCCUGGGAUCGCUGAUCUUGGUGGUGCUGAAAUCCAUUUAGAUGGUGGAUCAUACUUGAUUAGUUCUCCUAUAACAUUACCUGCCGCUGGAGGUGGCAAUCUUAAGAUCCAUAGUGGCUCACUGCGAGCGUCGGAUGAGUUUCCAACGGACCGAUAUCUAAUUGAGCUCGACUCCACCAAUUCAGCCUCCUCCGGCUUCAGCUAUGAGUAUGUUACUCUCGAUGGCCUAAUGCUAGACUCCAAUUUUCGGGGCGGCGGCAUUGCCGUCGUGAACUCCCUUCGGACGACCAUCGAUAACUGCUACAUCGUCCAUUUCACAUCGGAUGGCAUCAUGGUUCGAUCAGGACAUGAAACCUACAUCAGAAACUCAUUCUUAGGCCAACAUAUUACUGCCGGCAACGACCCUGAUGAGAAGGAUUUCUCCGGCACCGGGAUCAAUUUGGCGGGCAAUGACAAUGCCGUCACCGAUGUGGUCAUUUUCUCUGCGGCGAUCGGAAUUCUGGUCUCCGGCCAGGCUAACACCCUGACGGGAGUUCAUUGUUACAAUAAGGCCACAGGGUUGGGCGGGACGGGGAUAUAUUUGAAAUUACCCGGGCUAACCCAGACUCGAAUCAUCAACUGCUAUUUAGACUAUACUGGUAUCGUUUCGGAGGACCCGGUCCAACUUCUUGUGUCGAGUUCUUUCUUUCUUGGCGAUGCCAAUGUGGUGCUCAAAUCGGUGAACGGUGUGAUCAACGGUGUUAUUGUCGUGGACAACAUGUUCUCCGGCAGCAAUAAGGGUAUCGAUAUCGUCCAAUUGGAUGAAUCAAAGGGAAAAUUUACGAACAUUGAUCAAGUGACUGUGCAGCAUAAUGUUGCUAGAGGCAUGACAUUACGAUCUACGGUGGCAAAGGCAUCGGUGGAUGGAAACAGGAGCACGUGGACCGUCGAUUUCUCGCCGAUGCUGCUAUUCCCGGACCGGAUCCAGCAUGUGCAGUACACGCUACUUGCUGAUGCAGCAUGUCCGAACCAUGCGCUCCGGAACACAUCGGGAAAUCGGGUGGUGAUCGAGUCAGAUAUGACAGUGGCAGCGAGUGUCUACGUGGCAGUGGAUCAAUGUGUACACAGUAUUGGGUGAACUCUAGUUUUAAAUGGUUGUUGAGGGGGGUGGGGAAAGUUUUCAAAAUCGCCCGCAGAACACCACCUUUCUGAUUCAAUUGUUUAUGACUUGAUGUUGUUCUUCUUUCUUCGCACAAUUCAUACUGAAAAUAACAACAAAAAUCCUGAUCGAAAUGAACCAAGUGAUGGAUUUCUUUGUACAGCUAA